CAGACCCCCCCCCCCCUCACAGACACACACUCAAAACCAUCCUCAAAUUACAAUCACACUCCAUUGCACAUUAGUUUGCGACUUGUCUGAUAUUGCAAUGGUUGCUAUGGUCCAUUUCCUUACUAUGGGAGCUCUGCUCUCGAUUGAAGCCUGCCUGUCCUGGUUUACAUGGAGACGUGCCAGUUUGGCAGGGACGCCUGGACUGCCCGGUAUCCCAGGGUUACCAGGGAGGGAUGGACGAGAUGGAGACAAGGGGGAUAAGGGAGUGGCAGGUGAGGUAUUAGGGCGGGGUCACGAACCGGACCAGGGUCAGAAGGGGGAUGCAGGCAUGAAGGGAGCAGUUGGGAAGCAAGGUCGUAGUGGGGUGAGAGGAGAGAUGGGACCCAGCGGCCCAGAGGGCCCACAGGGAGAACCAGGGGACUCAGGUUCCAUGGUGUCCCUGCAUCGGUCAGCCUUCAGUGUGGCCAGAGGCACUGUCAGCUUUCCAGACAAGUCGAGCCCAAUCCGAUUCACCUCCGUCAUCACUGACAUCAACAAGGACUACAAUACAGAAUCUGGACGCUUCAGAUGUCCUAUACAGGGGACAUAUUACUUUGUGUUCCAUGCGUCUGCUGAAGAGAAGCUUUGCCUGCAGAUCAAACUGGAUGGAACCACUCUGAGCUCUUUCUGUGACUACUUUUAUACCAAAACAAGACAGGUGAGUACUGGCGGUGUGGCUGUGUACCUCAGGAAGGACCAGGAGGUCUGGCUGGAGGCCACUGAACACAACAGCUUGACCGGCAAACCUGAAGGGAAUAGCAUCUUCUCUGGUUUCCUGCUCCACCACCACUAAAGACCUAAAGCAUCUUCCCUGGUUUCCUGCUCAACCACCACUAAAGACCUAAAGCAUCUUCCCUGGUUUCCUGCUCCACCACCACUAAAGACCUAAAGCAUCUUCCCUGGUUUCCUGCUCAACCACCACUAAAGACCUAAAGCAUCUUCUUUGGUUUCCUGCUCCACGACCUUCAAGACUUAAAGCAUCUUCUUUGGUUUCCUGCUCAACCAUUACUAAACACCAACAGCAUGCUAACUUAACUCACUUCUUUCCAUCAAACCCUCUAUUCCAUUGUCAUGUAAUUUUUUAUUCUUGUUUUGAACAGUAAAGCUGUUUUGCCUACUGAGAA